GCUGUGGUUUCAGCAUUACAAACUGUGAAGACUUCCAGAUUUAUCAAGGAAAUAUUUGAUAAAGCAAGGCUGUCUUUCACACUUUGGAAGUGGGUUUUCUAAUUAUUGGAAGUUUUUGUUUCUGGAGGGGGAGUUGUAAAGCAUUACUUGUAUCUCAACAUUGAAAAAGAGUGUAGGUGUUCUAUAAACAGGAGCUGAAGGUGUGCACAUAAGAGAAUGUACAAUAAUGGCCACUAGAGGUCAUUCUUCACUAGUCCUGGCUAGCUCUUUUGUAUACACUGGAAGAAUCAUGCUUCCAACAUGUGAAAAUUGGAAACAUUUAAGUGGCACAAUCAAAUUGGAAUCUGUUGCCCAGAAUAUGAAGUCUGUCUGUCUUUUGUAUAUGUAGCUUCAUUCAUCAGUGAAGAAAACCUCAGUGUACUGUAGAUUAGAAUUCUGCAAAAUAUUUCCCGUCACAGGAAAUAUGGGUCAUGUUUAUCCUUGCUCAGUAGUGCAAAAGCUAAAGAGAGGGAACCAUGAAUUAGAAAUUCACUCUUGAGUAAGCAUACUGACCAUUUAGUCUCAAUCAUGAGGAUCUAAAGAAGCUGACAACCACAGAAGGGUUUGUGUGUGCACACUUCUGAUUUGCAUUUCUUGAACUUGCUGUUAGAGAUAUGCAAGUCCAAAACACUCUCUCUCUCUCUCUCUCUCUCUCUCUCUCUCUCUCUCUCUCUCUCUCUGACUUCAUGGUGUUCUAAUUUCUGGCCUUAGGGACUAAAUGGUUGGUUAGCUAGUUCAGGGUCUCUUCCUAAUCUAGAUCAGAAUGCAUUCCAUUUUCUCCAAUCCCCAUCCCUCUGCUUCAACAUAGAGAAUGCAUAGGAUUUUGAAAAGCAUAGGAUUUCAAAAGAAUAGAAGGCAGACACCCCAUAAAUAGCUCUCUGGAUCCUGGUGGUUGUCUUCAGUGGGGUACACCCAGUUUAGCAUUUAACAGUGUUAUAAAUUCUUUCCAAGAUGUGCUAUAAUUGUACUAUAUAUAAAAUUGCAUACAUAUGCGUUCUAAGUUGACCAGAAGAUAUCGAGAGGAAGAGUUAAUGAACUUCCUUGCUCAGUUGACUGCUGUGUGCAAUAAAGAGAAGCUUUGUAAUCGUGGCUGGGGAGUCGUAACACAUGAAUGUGUUUGAAUUAAGCAGCAUGUUGAAUGAGAUUACAGUGCCCCUAUAAAGAUCUAUGCAGGUUUUGCAUUAUGGGCCUCAAAAGAGCAAAUAGGGGAAUUGAGUUUACUCUGGAGGGGUAGCUGUGUUGGUUUCUUGCAGCAAAAUAUCAGAGAUCCAGGUAGUGCCUUAAUGACUUACUGUGCCUGAAUGUUUCCUGGGCUGAAUCCCUUUUUAUCAGGGGCAUAAAGUAUUGUGUGCAUGCGUGCAUAACUAACAUAGGUGUAGACAGAAAAGGGGAGGAGAAAUCUUUCUACAGUGUGAAGCCAGGAGGCCCAGCAAAUGAAAACGAAAUCCAGUCAAAAGAGUCACACCUCUGAUCUGGCUGUGUUCUUGGAUGUGUGUGCACUCAGUUCCUGUGGAGCAGUGUUGCCGCCCAGUGUCACCUGUGAGCUGAGGAGGCACUCCAGAACAUUCUGCAAGACCCCCCCAAAGCAUGCAGGGAUUUUGUGUCGGGCUUGUAGGUUCUGCAGCAGACGAGUCGGUGUGGAAACAGUUAUCUGAAGGCAGAAAGUUUAGAAUUUAGCUUGGAUGUUGUCAUGCCAGAGGGGUUGCACUUUGUGGGGCGGGAAGGCUCCCAUUGCUACCAAAUCCUGGGAUAGCGUGAUUUUCUAAUGCUCACUUGGCAAAUGUUAUGUCUCCCCUAACCUGUAUCUUCCAACCCAGAUGCUUCCUGCUUUAGCUCUUAAACCCUUUGAAGGAUGUGUCACCAUCCCAGUUCCUAAUCCUGUUAACCAUUGUCUGUUUUUUGCCCUUUCUUCACUGGUGAUUCCUGUGUUCCUUAAUGCAGUCUCAUUGGACAACCAGCCUAUGCUGCACUACAUUCGAGAUAAAACGGCAGUCCCUUACUUCUCCAACCUAGUCUGGUUUAUUGGAAGUCAUGUGAUUGAACUGGAUAACUGUGUACAAACCGAUGAAGAGCACAGAAACCGAGGAAAGCUCAGCGACCUGGUAGCUGAGCACCUUGAUCAUCUCCACUACCUUAAUGAUAUCCUUAUCAUUAACUGUGAAUUCCUAAAUGAGGUGCUCACAGAUCACUUACUGAACAGCCUCUUCCUGCCCCUUUAUGUGUAUUCCUUAGUAAAUCAAGAUAAGGGUGAUGAGCGUCCGAAAAUAAGUCUUCAGGUUGCUCUGUACCUGUUGUCGCAAGUGUUCUUAAUUAUCCAUUACGCCCCUCUGGUGAACUCUCUGGCUGAAGUUAUUCUUAACGGAGACCUGUCAGUGUUUUCUUCAAAAGUUGAGCACGAUAUCCAGAAAAGCUCAGCGAAGACAGGCAUCAGAUACUUCAUUAAGCCUUCUGAGACCUUGGAGAGAUCCCUGGAGAUAAACAAGCAGAAGGGGAAGAAGCGGCUGCAGAAGAGACCCAACUAUAAAAAUGUUGGGGAGGACGAGGAGGAAGAGAGGGGGGCGGAAGAUAACCAAGAAGGCAUGGAGGGACCUUCAAAAGGCAUCAAGCCGAGUGGGGAGAGUGAAGAAAUCGAGAUGGUGAUCAUGGAGCGAUGCAAACUGGCUUCUGUGACAGAGCAAAACAUCACGGAUGAAGAAAAGAGCGCAGGCGCGGCUGGCCUUGAAGCAUCGAAGUGGAGCAGGCCUUUUCUCGAGAUGGUGUAUAACUCCCUGGAGUGUGCGGAAGACGAUUACCACGCUCUGUUCGUGCUGUGCCUCCUGUAUGCCAUGUCUCAUAACAAGGGAAUUGAGCCAGUCACGCUGGAGAGAAUUCAGCUCUCGGCACAAGACGCAGAGGAGAAAAACGCCUACAACCAUGUGCUUGCUGAAAGACUCAUCAGGAUCAUGAACUGUGCCGCUCACCCAGAUGGCAAAAUCCGCUUGGCAACGUUGGAGCUUGGCUGCCUGCUGUUGAAACAGCUGGUGUUGGCCAAACAUGGUAGUAUUAUCAAAGAUGUGCAUCUCGCCUGCCUGGAAGGUGCAAGAGAAGAAAGUGUUCACCUGCUGCGGCGUUUCUAUAAGGCAUUUAAACGGUUUGCGAGCGAGAGCCUCCUUCAAAAGCAGCAUCAAAAGGCCAAGCGCCAUGUUUUCCAUCGGGGUCAAAUCAGCAAGGCAACCUCAAGAGGAGAAGAAAUCUUUCUGGACAUGUUUGAAGAUGAAUAUAGAAGUAUGACUCUUAAGCCAAUGAAUGUGGAGUACUUGAUGAUGGAUGCCUCCAUUCUGCUGCCGCCAACAGGGACGCCGCUCACUGGCAUUGAUUUUGUGAAGAGGCUGCCUUGCGGAGACGUAGAAAGGACACGAAGGGCUAUCCGUGUCUUCUUCAUGCUGCGCUCCCUCUCGCUGCACCUUCAGGAUGAGCCAGAAACUCAGCUGCCAUUGACGAGGGAGGAAGACUUGAUUAAAACAGACGAUGUCCUUGACUUGAAUAACAGUGAUUUAAUUGCCUGCACUGUGAUCACAAAAGACAGCGGCCAAGUCCAAAGGUUUCUGGCAGUGGAUAUUUACCAGAUGAGCUUGGUGGAGCCAGAUGUUGCCCGCCUGGGGUGGGGAGUCGUCAAGUUUGCAGGCCUUCUUCAGGAUAUGCAGGUGACCGGAGUGGAAGACGACAGCCGGGCCCUGAACAUCAUCAUUCACAAGCCAGCCUCCAGCCCCCAUUCCCGACCCUUCCCCAUCCUUCAGGCCACCUUCAUCUUUUCAGACCAUAUUCGCUGCAUCAUUGCAAAGCAGCGCCUAGCAAAAGGUCGUAUCCAGGCUCGCCGGAUGAAAAUGCAGAGAAUAGCAGCUCUCCUGGACCUUCCAGUCCAACCUGCGAAUGAAGUGAUGGGCUUUGGGCACAGCUCUUCUUCUACAGUCCAGCACCUGCCAUUCAGGUUUUAUGACCAGUCCCGACGUGGCAGCUGUGACCCUGCUGUGCAGCGCUCUGUAUUUGCAUCCGUUGACAAAGUCCCAGGUUUUGCUGUCGCCCAGUGCAUCAACCAGCCCAACCCCUUGCCGCUCUCGUCGCCGUCCCCUUCGUCCAGCGGGAGCACUGGGCACUGUGAUUCGGCAGCCGCCAGCUCCACCUCCACUCCUUCUGUGGUGCAGAGUCCGUCAGGCCUGGCAGGAAAGGACGGCGGCGGGUGUUUAGUCUCUCGGAGGCUGACAGCCAUGGCGGACAGUGGGUUUAGGCCUUCCAGCAGCACCUGCAGCAGCAGCCCUUGCAAACCCCCUCCAGAUGACCAAGUAGCGGUUGAGCAGCCUCAGCCCUCCAGUCACUUGCCAGGAGCGGAGGGCUCUUCUGUGCACCUCUCCAAACCUGGCAAGAGCCUUGCCUGGAGCACAGAACUGGAGACGGCCAACUUGGCACCCAGCCUGACUCCUGCCCCGCAGCCCACCAUCUCCCUCCUCUCCAACGACGGCACAGACUCCCUGAGCGUGGAGUCGCUCACGCUGGUCCCACCCGUCGACACGGACAGCAUUCUCACCGUGGGCUGCAGCCCGGCCCCAGCCGUCGGGUCGGAUGUUUGCACAGCCGCGGAAGGCAGCCAGCUGAGUCAUUCAGCAGAUGGCGACGAACCGGAACCGUGACGGAGGCCCCGGCAAACUCCCUUCGUCCACGCGAGCGGCUGCUGUGAGGACAUUAAAACUGCCACACGCUGUUUGGUAACGUCCCACCAGCCUGCCGUGUCUCAGACAAUACGCACUCAGCGUGUGUGUGUGUUUUUUAAGAUGAGAAAAAUCUCACUCACACCUAGGAUUUGCAUUGCACUCUGGUUUUGAAAGGGGGGAGGUAAUUUUGGUGGUGGGGGGAAGUGGUGGCAGGAGAGUUGGGAGGAUCUGGGUUUGCAGGGGCAGGGGCGUCUUUUUGUUUCGUUCUUGAUCUUAAGCCACUAUCACUGGACCACUUCUAUGAAUCUCGUGAGCAGCAGCAGAGCCGCCGCCAUGACUGCAGUGGAGCGCAGGGAACCUGAGGACUGCCUUUCCUUUGUGUUCUCGCUCCGUCUUUUUGUACGUGGUUCUCCUCCUGCUUUGCUUGGAGAAGAGAUCAGUUGGCCAGGGGACCUUGGAGGCAGUGGCAUCCCCUCUAGGAGUAAACCUAGCCUCAUUCAGUUUAAUUCAUUCUGUUCCAAGGCAUGGGUGGUCUGGAAAUCCCAGCUGAGUUGACCGCUUGUAUUUAUAGCACUGUAAACUUUAAUAUUCAACUUGUGUGUGUGUGUAGUCUGCGUGUAAUAAUUUUAACUUGAAGUUGUGCACACAUCUGUUGCGGGGAGGGGGGUGCAAAAAAGGGGGGGGAAUCCCACAUCCCAUCCCAGGUGUAACUCAAAAGGGCUUAUUCAGAAGGACACAUGGGGAAUCUCUUGGCAGAGUUUUGUGUAAAGAAUUUCAGAGGAAUGUACAAUAUUUUAGCAUAUCUGAUGUUGUCAUUAUUUUGUGGCUGGCUUGUCAUUUCUACACAAUGCCAGCUCUUUCUUAAGAAGGCCCCAUCAUGGCAACCCCUUUCUGAAGAGGUUUAUUUAUAUUCCAAUAAAUUCCGCUUGCCUCCUGCCCAAAA